AUGUUUAUAUACACUCCGAACCUCGGGGAUUACCCUAAAAUAGCAGAUGUACUGAACCUCGGGGAUUACCCUAAAACAGUAGAUAUACUGAACCUCGGGGAUUACCCUAAAACAGUAGAUAUACCCAACCUCGGGGAUUACCCUAAAACAGCAGGUAUACUGAACCUUGGGGAUUACCCUAAAACAGUAGAUAUACCCAACCUCGGGGAUUACCCUAAAACAGCAGGUAUACUGAUCCUGGGGGAUUACCCUAAAACAGCAGAUAUACUGAACCUCGGGGAUUACCCUAAAACAGCAGAUAUACUAAACCUUGGGGAUUACCCUAAAACAGCAGGUAUACUGAACCUCGGGGAUUACCCUAAAACAGUAGAUAUACUGAACCUCGGGGAUUACCCUAAAACAGCAGGUAUACUGAACCUCGGGGAUUACCCUAAAACAGUAGAUAUACUGAACCUUGGGGAUUACCCUAAAACAGCAGAUAUACUGAACCUCGGGGAUUACCCUAAAACAGUAGAUAUACUGAACCUCGGGGAUUACCCUAAAACAGUAGAUAUACUGAACCUCGGGGAUUACCCUAAAACAGCAGAUAUACUGAACCUUGGGGAUUACCCUAAAACAGUAGAUAUAUUGAACCUCGGGGAUUACCCUAAAACAGUAGAUAUACUGAACCUCGGGAUUCCCUAA